AUUAGUGGUAUGUAACCGUAAACAGAUUUUCGGCUGACGUGUACUUCCGGUCCAUUUCGUAAACCGAUCGUCCGAAUUGAGAAAGCUGUCAGCAAUUGUAUUUACAUCAACUGACAACCAUGUCAUCAAGUGCUUCAAAAUUUUCUUUGGACCUCUUUCAACAUGUCGUUUCUCACAAUCCCCAUGGCAACCUGUUCAUGUCGCCUAGCAGCAUUUUCGUUGUCAUGACAAUGGUUCAAACUGGAGCAAGAAAUGAAACCAGAAAUCAGAUGAUUUCUACUCUUCAAUUUCAAUCCAAUGAUCAACAGUCAAUACUUGCUGAUGCUGAGCAAUUUGUUAAGGUGUUGAAUAAAGGGAGCGAUCAUGUCGUACUGAGAAGCGCUAACAGACUCUAUCCGAACAGUGAUAAAAGCAUUUUGGAAGAUUACAUUAAAGCUGUAGUCAAACAUUUUGCCUCAGAUGUAAAAAAUGUGGACUUCAUAUCCAACCCAGAGGGAAGCAGACAAGAAAUAAACAAAUGGGUAGAGGAAGUCACAGACGAAAAGAUCAAAAACCUUCUGCCUAGCGGAUCUAUUAAUGCACUCACAAGAAUGGUAGUUGCAAAUGCCAUCUAUUUUAAAGGAAACUGGGCGACACAGUUUGAGCCAAAGAGUACAACAAAAACUGAUUUUCAUACAUUGGACGGAAAAGCUUUGAAGAUAGACAUGAUGAAACGAGAAAUGAAGAAAGUGCGAUAUGGCGAGAGUACAGUUUUGGAUUGUAAGGUUUUACAUAUGCCUUACAUUGGGGAUGAAAUGGCUAUGGUAAUUCUACUUCCAAACACCGUCACGGGAUUGCUGGAAAUGGAGAAAAAGAUGAACGUCCAAAAAAUGAACCAAUGUAUCGAAGAUGUUUCCUCACCAACUGUUAUAGUUACCGUUCCGAAAUUCAAGCUCGAGAGUUCAUUCCAGCUUUCAGAUACAUUAUCGGCUCUAGGAAUGCCUGACGUGUUCGAUGCAAACAAAGCUGACCUUUCUGGAAUGGGAAAAGAUUUGUUUGUUUCUAAGGUGUUCCACAAGGCAUUUGUGGAUGUCAACGAAGAAGGUACAGAGGCUGCAGCUGCGACUGCUGCAACAAUUAUGAGGCGAAGCAUGCCAGCUCCUCCACGGACGUUUACGGCUGAUCACCCGUUCAUGUUUAUGAUCUGGCACUAUCAGCUGAAAGCGCCACUGUUUGUUGGUCGCUUUACUGGACAUGAAACGGAAGCUGCUCAGACACGAGACGAACUCUAGAUUGCAUGCGUUUUGCAUAAAGGCGUCUUUGAUAAAUACAGUGCCCUAAUAUUUACCUUAGCCUGUUCACCCUAGUUUGAUCAUUGGUGUAGUUAAGUUUGUCAGUUGCAAAUGUGACUUUUGAUUGUUAUAGCCUGUGUGUGUAUGUAGCUUCUUUAUGCAGUUCAUGGAAAACUAGUGUGAAAGAUUACGUUAUCGGAUGCGUUUAAUGUGGUACCUAGAUUGUAUCGGAAUUUUACUGCCAAAACUGGCGAUUUUUGCACCGAAAUCUUUUAUCGCAAUUUUCGGAUUAGAACAUAUACAUCUUUGGAUUGAUGUUAUGAUUGCGCAAUCUGAAACAUCGGAACGCAAAACAAUUCACUGAGAGUUGGACGUUUGAAGUCGUAUCGCACUAGAGGCGCAGCCUGUAUUACAAAUACGGUCACAUAACAUCAAAUUAGUGUUAUGGUCCGUUU